AUGGCUCUAGCAGAUAAGAGACUUGAGAACUUGCAGAUCUACAAAGUUCUUCAGUGUGUUCGGAACAAAGACAAGGAACAGAUAGAGAAACUCAUCAAGUUUGGAUAUCCUGAACUAAUAAACUUCACAGAGCCCAUCAGUGGGGUCAGUGCUCUGCAUUUAGCCUCAGUCUCCAAUGACGUUGAUAUGGUCAGCUUUCUCCUUGAGCUUGGUGCUCACCCUGAUGUGCAAGACCGAAUGGGCUGUACCCCGACCAUGAGAGCAGCAGAACUGGGCCAUGAAUUGUCAAUGGAAAUACUAGCCAAGGCAAAGGCUGAUAUGACUAUAGUUGAUAAUGAAGGAAAAGGUGUUUUGUUUUACUGCAUUUUACCUACCAAGAGGCAUUAUCGCUGUGCUCUGAUUGCUCUUGAACAUGGUGCAGAUGUCAAUAAUUGUACCUAUGAAGGAAAACCAGUGUUCCUCAGAGCUUGUGAAGAGGCACAUGAUGUUAAAGAAGUGUGUCUGACAUUUUUGGAAAAAGGAGCCAAUCCAAAUGCUAUCAACUCAUCCACAGGUCGCACGGCUUUAAUGGAAGCAUCAAGAGAAGGAGUACUAGAAAUCGUUCGGGGAAUACUAGAAAGAGGAGGGGAAGUGAACACAUUUGACAAUGAAAGACAUCAUGCUGCUCAUUUUGCUGCCAAAGGAGGUUUUUUUGAUAUACUGAAGCUUCUCUUUGCCUACAAUGCAGACCUGGGGCUGAUUGCAAUGAAUGGCAACACACCACUUCAUUAUGCAGCUAUGGGUGGUUUUGCAGAUUGCUGUAAAUAUAUAGCUCAGCGAGGAUGUGACCUGAAAUGGAAGAAUUUAGAACAUAAAACACCCAGGGCUGUGGCCAAGGACGGCGGCUUCAAAGCAGCAAGCAAGGAGAUACGCCGAGCAGAGCGAAUGGCUAAUAAACUGGCCAAGCCAGGAGUCAAAAAUCCUAAUCCUCUUUGGGCCCUCAGGCUACACGACUGGUCCAUAGAGCAUGAGACUUUCCUUCGGGAAGGUUUCUCAUUCGUGGACCGUGGUGAUGGGACAGUCACCAAAGAGGACUUUGUCUUGGUGCUGGAGGAGAGGCAGGAUUUCGCAAGCUCAGAACAACUGGCUUCCGUAGCUCAACUGCACGAAAAAUCCCGUGGAGGAGGGGUCAACAUUAAUGAAUUCUUUAAAGGAACCAGAUAUUUAAGCAAGUCCUUUGUCUUGGGAGCUUUUGGGCCUAAGAAAAGGAAACGAGGGAUGGGCCGGAAGGGAAGGAAAGGCAAGUUUGUUUUACCUCUCCCAAUUUGCAUCAUACCCGAGUCUGCAUUUCCACGGCGGCCAGACGGUGGACCACCGUAUUACAUGAUUGAAACCUACCAGAAUGUAACUGAUUACAGUCGGUUUAAUAGAGAUCAUCCGCCUGAACACCCCAUUCAGGAUGACUCCGCUUGGUACAUUGAUGAUCCAGCAAAGACGUUUUCAAAUAUUAAUUUUAUCACCAAGGCAGGAGACCUGGCUUCUCUGAAAAAAGCUUUUGAAUUAGGAAUCCCUGUGGACAUGAAGGAUAAUUAUUACAAAACGCCACUCAUGACGGCUUGUGCAAGCGGAAACAUAGAUGUGGUCAAGUUUCUUCUGGAAAAGGGGGCUAAUGUUAAUGCAACAGAUAAUUUUCUGUGGACUCCACUUCAUUUUGCAUGCCAUGCCGGCCAACAAGACAUUGUUGAGCUUCUGAUUAAGUCUGGGGCUUUAGUGGAUGCUGUUUCCAUCAACAACUCGACUCCUUUAAGUAGAGCCAUUGAAAGCUGUAGACUAGAUACUGUGAAAUAUCUACUUGACAUUGGUGCUAAAUUCCAGCUGGAAAAUAGAAAAGGACAUAGUGCUAUGGAUGUUGCAAAGGCAUAUGCUGAUUAUAGAAUCAUUGGCCUGAUUAAAGAAAAGCUAGAUAAUUUGCCAAAACCAGCAGAAAAUCAAAAAGUGAAAGGCAAGCCACCUCCUAAACCAAAGACUGAAGGUGUUGAAAUUAAGAAAGAAGAGGAACAACUUUCAUCCAUUUAUGCUGUACCAGCCAUAUCAGAGGAAAAGAAAAUGCGUAAGGAUAAUGUAGUUUAUCUCAAUUCAUUGAUUACCAGUGGUUACACCAAGAAAGUGGAUAUCACAUUUGUUCCACGAAGGAUUUGGAGUCCUGAAGCCACGACAACAGAGCUGAUCAGGAAGAGGGAGCUACAGCGGGAGAGGUUUACUUACGAGGUAGACUUCGAAGAUUUCAUGAUGCCUUUUCAGAAGAACAUCACAGAGAAAGCUCGGGCAUUGGAAGCUGCCUUGAAGGCCUAA